AUGCAGAGUGAAAACGAAAUUAUUCGCAAUCCGUUGAAUGAUCGUGUCUCGAAAUUGAAUCCCUGGGUUGCUUACUCGCCUGAUGUAAUUUUUGAAGACAAAAAGCUGUCCGAAUUAUUAGAAAUAAAAUGCCCAUUCAAGGGUAAAAUUACGACCAUUUACAAUCGAGACAGAAAAAAGAAACACAGAUACUAUGGGCAGAUGCAGUUAAGGAUGAUAAUCAUAAAUGUAAAAAAAAAUUUCUUUGUAAUGUAUGCCAGUUUUGAUAAAAGUAUGUUGGUUCUAAAGUUGGUUUUUUCAUCGAGUUUGACCAAAAUUUUGCGAGAAAGAUGUUGA